AUGUUAGGAAAGUUUAUUUCCGAAACUUACAAUAAAGUGAAAAGCAAAGCUGAUGAAGUGAGAUUACAUGUAAGUGUUCAGGCUAUAAAAGCGAAAGAAGUUUUGGGGUUAGUAAAGCCAACAACUAUUGAACAAUUGGAGAUUUUACUAAAUUAUGAAUUACAGCAAAUAGAUACAGGAGAAGCGUUAAUUGGAACAUAUAAAAAAUGGAUAUACAACAUAUCCCAAUCUGAAAAAAGUGAAUGUAUAAGAUAUUAUAAAUCUAUAAAACCAACUAACGAAAAAAAGGAGUCAACAACUCUUACCACCCAAUCCUUUACGAACAGUAAUGAAAAACAUAAAUACAAUAAUAUUCAGGAAAGAAGGAAAAGCGAAGUUACAUUACCGAAUAGUAAUAUCACGAGUUCAUGCAACAAUGACAUGAAUGAUGUGUACGAUUCCCACUCCAACAAUGAAAAGAGUCAUAUAGAACAAGAGACAAUUUUGGAUAUACAUGCUCAAAACAAUGCAGUAACAACAACCACAGUUAAGUUAAACGACAAUGUUAAUUCCGAUCCACAGCAACAUUUAAGUCUUAAGAGCAAGGAAGUUCAAUCAAACGAUAAAUGCAAAAUAGGAGAUGAGUUGCUCAUCACAGAUAAGAGUAAAACGAAUUCAAUCAAUAAAUAUGAAUCCAAUACUAUUAUAAACAAAAAGCAGAUGACUACCUACAUCUAUGAUGAUCAUUACGGUUACAAUUUUAAAGAAUAUUUUUUAAAAAGUAAUAUUUUAGAAAAGUCUAUUAGCUUAAUUUUAGAAAAAAGAGAAAUCAGAUUAUCUCUAGUUGGACCAAUAGAAACAGAUGAUUUAGAUAAUCCACGAACGACAAUCCUAACCAUGUUUAAUCAUUGCCUUAUGGGAAAUGAAAAACUACAUAAAGAUAUUCUUUUCAUUAUAUUAACAACAGACAAACUAUUUGAUAAUCACAAAGAAUUAUUUUUAGAAUUAUUAACUAUUCUUAAAUAUGAUCAUUUAGAUAUAUACUUAACUAAUAUAAGAAAAAUUAUAUCAUCUGAAAUUGUUUCUUUAAAAAGCAAAAUUCACUUUUACGACUCGCAAUUUAUGAAUAUCAAUAAGUUAAUCCAUUUAGAUAACAUUACUCCAAAAACCAGUAUCUCUUCCAUAGAUUUAGAGAAGGACGACGAAAAUGAUCACCAAAAGUAUGGACAUAUGGUACAUCAGGAUUCAUCGAUUCUAAAUCCAUCAUUUAAUUCUAACUAUCUUCCUACAGAAUCUCAUCUCAGGAAUCAUAAAAUAGAUAAUAAUCAAGCAAUAAUCGACAACAGUGAUGAAAAAAACGAAAGUUAUCCUAUAAAUGAACAACGAGAGGUCGUAAGUUUGACUGAUGAAGCAAACUUAACUGAAGUAGUGGAUCCAAGAGAUGUGAUUAAACAUCUGAAAAAUCAACAAAUCGAUGAUACUCCAAAAACGAACGAGGAAAAAAUAUUCGAAAUAGAAAACGCUCAUGAUAUCAACAACAACAUGUGCACGGAACUCUCGAAGGAAAUUUUCCAAAUGGAUUUAUUAUCAAACGAAAAAGAAAUUAUAGAAUCAAACAAAAUGCAACAAAUAAAAAUCCUGGCCUCGUCCAAGUUGAUAGAAUUACACAAAACUUUACAAAGAGUUUUAAUAUUAGCAACAGAAAAUAGAGAAAACAAAAAAAUAGAAAUAAAAACAAAAUUAAAAGAGUUGAAAAAAAUAAUGGAUGUUUGUAAAAAGGAUUGUGAAAUAACCCUAAACGAUACAGAAGAUUCAAAGACACAUUUAGAAAAUGCAUAUGUAAAAGAAUUAGAUGUAAAAACAAAUAGCAUUAGCAAAACACAAGAACAAAUAAAUCAAAUGAAAAGUAAUAUAGAUGAACUCUUAAAAAAAAAAAAAGAAUUAUUUAAUCAAUAUCAACUAAUAUGCAAUGAAAUUAAUUUAAGAAAUAAAGAGCUAUCAACAGUCUUAUCCACACUAACAAAUUAUAAAAAGGAUUUAAAUGAAGCAGAAAUGAAUUAUUUAAACAAACUUUCAAAUACAAAUAAAGCAAAGCAUAUGCACCAAGAAAGGAAAUUAUAUAUAUCACAUCUGGACACUAUAUCGGAUGAAAUUCUAACAGAGUAUGGAAAUUCCUCCUAUAUAAACACAGAAGAACUCUUAUCAAAAACGAUUAAAAUCAAAAAACCAAUAAACCAAGCUAUUAUGAAACACUUAAUUUAUUUGAAAGAAAAACUAAUUAUACUAAAUGCUUUGUUAAAAUUUUAUGUUCAUCGAGUGAAUUCUAUCCUUGGCCAAAACGAUAUUGGAGAAGGCCCAGACGAUCAUCACCCUACGAACCAGUCAUUGUAUUCUGAGAUCUACAACAUCGAAGGCACGAAUAGCCAUGACACAACAGACCAUCACAACCAUGACACAACAGACCAUCACAACCAUGACACAACAGACCAUCACAACCAUGACACAACAGACCAUCACAACCAUGACACAACAGACCAUCAAAACUAUGCCAUAACAGACCUCCACAAGCGUGCCACGUCAAACAACUCAAAUGACGACAAACGCGAAGAUCACAAUGCAAGCGUAAUGAACUUCCCAAGUAGCCCCAUCAUAAAUCAUCAUGAACAGGAAAAAAAAAAAAAACUAAUGAAAUAUAAAAAUUGUUAUUUUAAGAUUGUUGAACAAAUAAGUAAAAUAUGGGUAUCUAUACAGGAAUUUUAUGAUCUCAAUAAGGAGAACAUAGAUCAAGAGGAAACCGAGUGUUCUCCCAACUUUGUAUAUCAGCAGAUUAACGAAAUAUAUAAUUACAGCAAAAAGUUUAUCAUGCAUAAUGAUUCUAUCGUCUCCUCAAUUGUUUGA